AUGACAAAACAAAGAAAUGAGCUAUUUCCAAGACUUGGUAGUUGCGUCGAGGAUACACUAGCUGAUAUGAUCAAAAAAACUGUCAAUGAUAACAUUCAAAAUAUUGUUCAGCAAACAAUUGAAAGUUUAAAUCAGAACCCACCAGAAUGGUUCACUAGAGAAAUAAGUGGAUUAAAUACAAAAAUCGAUGCCUGUUCUGACGAAAUUAAAGGGCUUAAGAGAGGUUUUAAAGAUCUUAAGGGGGAUUUUGCAGAUUUUAAGGGGGAUUUUGCAGAUCUUAAGGGGGAUUUUGCAGACCUUAAAGGAGACAUGGAUUCUGGUUUUAAAAUGUCCGAGUACAGACAUGCAUGUUUAUACAAUAUGGUCCGGAGAAUGAAUGGAAGUUCAGCAGUUCCCGUUCCGUUCUUGAAUGUGGAAGCUAUGCUGGAUGAGUUAUCCCCAAUUGGCUCGGUUGAAGAUAUUGACUCAUUGAGUAAACAAGAAUGCCAAACGUACUUGAGAGCAUACAAUGUUGAGUUUCAUCCAAAUGAGUCUGUCAAAUUAAAAGAAAAGUUAAGAGAUGCAAUAGGUUUAGCAGUUGGUCAUGAUGUGGGAUUUCUGUUUGGAAAUUUCAAUAGUUGUUAG